CAGACCUACGGAUCAGUGCACGUGUUAAACUGGAAUUUUCUCGUGAAACUUAGCUGGGAAAUUUAUUCUCGUGAAUUUUCGUUCUGCCUGCAAGCUACACGUAUGGAUAGCAACUUGGAAAGUGUCCCGUCUUCCAGUGCCGAUGUCGCUGCCGACACGGAUGACGACAUCCAGGAAAUCGCUGUAGUUCCCGCUAGAGCUUCAAAAAAGCAGAAAGCUAUUCAUAACAUGGUGGAAAGAAUGCGUAGGUUCGUUUUCGGUUAAUGGCAUUACUUGUUGAUGCUGUACUCAAAUAUUAGUAUCAGAUAUCGAAUGAGUACUUGUAUUGCCAAGAUUGCAGCAACGAUUCCGACACUCCAGGGUGCAAAACUGGAUAAAUCAGCGGUUUUAGAAACGGCACUAAGAUAUCUCCAGUUUAUCAGAACAUACUGUAAAAAUAUCCAACUGAUUGACGACGCCUACUUGACUCGUUAUGCGUCAAAAUCGGAAAUACGCGGCAGGAAAACGAAAAAAGCCAAAUCUGCUGCUAAAACUCCUAAGGGGUCAACUUCUGUUCCUCUCGCACCGACAGAAAAAUUGAAAGCAGCUGAUACUCUAAUAACGGCGGAGUUGCUACCAUUCGAGACAGAAUUGGAUUUGAGUUCGACCGGAAAUUCAGUUAUCGACGAGAAAAUGUCGAAGGAAAUCAACGAUUUGCUUAAUGAAAUAUUUCAGAAUAACGACGUUGUCAGCGAUCACAAUACAUUUCUAGAUGAUGUGGCAUUUCUUAAUAUAGAAUAAUUAACUGCAUAGGUUUUAAUUUCCCAUCAGUAACGCGAGAUUUUUGUUUUUGUAACGUUAUCGUUAAAAGGAUUUACUGUGUUACAAGGAACCGUCAUAAUUAUAAAAAUACUGUACUGCAAUACGAAACUAUUAUAGCGCAUUUUCUGUUGUGUAUUGGUAAUACAAAAAAAGCAACUCUAUCAUAAAAAAAUUUUGCUAUACUAAUCACAAGCGGCAAGAGCAACAUACUAUCUACAGCGCUGAAUGUGAUCUGCAUUUAUUAUUGCGGGAUCGGGAGAAAUGGUCGAUGGCUUCCUGGGACAGAGUAUCGGGCUGGGCACCGUACCACAGCGGCUGAAAGCGUUGUGAUGAGGAAUCGGAUUUUGAUUUGGAUUUCAACGGUAGCGAAUCGGACGGUGAUUUGGACUUGCGUGAAUUAAGUAUCGACGGGGCUUUAUCCAGCGGAUACUGUCGAUAGAAAUUCCGUUGUACCUGAAUUUGGAUGACCUUUCCCGGCUUUUUGGCUUUGGAAUCUUCUGCAUAAGAAAUUUCUUGAAUUAAUAAUUACAUCAGACACUUAUCAAGUUAUCAACGUACGGGAAUACGUAUUAUGUUCUGGCUGUUGUUUAGAAUUCGAUUUAUUUUUGUAUUUUGAAGUACUGAUAUUAUUGUUGGUGUUGGCGGCACACAUGUAAAUAAGGUUAUUACAAAGCUGAAAAUUUAAUGAAGA